CGCAGAGACGCCGGCGACUGGUGGCGGCUGGACAGAGUUAGUCAACGAGCGAUGACCGUUCAUCCGCCUGACCUCACGGACCCGAAACACAUCGCCAUUGCUAUUGACGCCAAUGCAGCUUUGCCAGGUGGUAAACUAGCAAAUUUGGAAACAACAGAACUUAUGGCCAGAAACUUCUAUUAUUGUAUGUUUGUUUACAUUACAAUCGUGAUCGUCUCUCUUCCGCGGUCCAAAUUAAUAAUUGUCGUCUCUAAUGCUCCACAGUUCACCAUCAAAGACAGCUGAGGGAGUACUUUCAACAUAUUUGUACAUAUGGCCGAAAUGAAGCAUCCUAUCGUAUCCUAUCCUGUGACGGGAAGAAGAGGAUGAAGUAAGGCAAACGCUAAGGAAGGACCUACGCGAGAGGCGCAAGUGCUUGACACCCGCCGCGUGCAACCCACAUGGAUUGACGAUGACGAGGCAGCGACUGUGAGUAAUUUCCUCGCGUUUCAGGCUGCACACCUGCUAAUCACUCGCCCGACUCCACCACCUGUCGUUGAUGAUGCACCGCAAGACUUUAAGCCACCGGGUUUGACGAAACGCGUUAUCUAUAAUGCGGCACCGAACUGCGGGGAAACUGCCGAUCAUGUUGUAGCUGAAGAGCUGCCUGACGAG